AUGGUUUCCGGAUCGGGCCGCCAAGGCGCGGCGCCGUACAUCGCCCUGCCGUCCCGUGUGUUUGAGGCGCUGGAGGCGCAGCUUGAGGUGCAGGCCGAGCGCGUGAUCGCGCUGGGUGAGCAGAGCGUGGGCGUCGACAGGCCGUUUCUGGAUGCCGUUCCGGCUUUGACCAAGGCGGCCGAGAGGUUUGGCGACCUCAAGGCUUUAUGCGGUGACGCGGAUGGCGAGACGCCUGAAGACGAACUGGCGGAACUGCGCGCCUUUUUUGAGGCGAUCGACAAACGGAUCGACGAGCUUGCCCAUGAACGUGCCGCCGCGAUGGUGGCUGACGACACCGUCGCGCAGACCCCGCCCCGUGACCGCAACUGGUCGACAUGGCUUUUGCUGGGCGGGCGCGGAUCGGGCAAGACGCGCGCCGGCGCCGAAUGGGUGCAUGGUCUUGCCAGCGCAGCCCGUCCGUUCGGCGACGGCAUAUCGGCGCCGAUCGCCUUGAUAGGCGAAACGAUCGCCGAUGUGCGCGAUGUGAUGAUCGAGGGGCCGGCCGGCAUUUUGCGUUCGGCGCUCUAUAACCGGCCGGUCUACGAGGCAACGCGGCGCCGGCUGGUCUGGCCCACGGGCGCGGUGGCGCAGGUUUUUUCUGCGCAUGAUCCGGGCAGUUUGCGCGGGCCGCAAUUCGCGGCCGCCUGGUGCGAUGAGCUGGUCAAAUGGCCCUAUCCCGGCGAGUGCUGGGACAUGCUGCAAUUCGGCCUGCGCCUGGGCGACUGGCCGCGCCUGGCGGUGACGACAACGCCGAGGCCGCUCAAGCUUCUGGCGCGCAUCAUGGACGAUGCCGCAACCGUCACCGUCCGGAUGAGAACCGCAGACAAUGCCGCCAAUCUGGCGCGUGGCUUCCUGAACACGAUGCAGGCGCGCUAUGGCGGCACGCGGCUUGGACGGCAGGAACUCGAUGCCGAAAUCCUCGGCGAACGCGAUGGUGCGCUCUGGACACGCGACCUGCUCGAGCGGAGCAGGUCAGCCGGCCGCGACGACCAUCGGCGGAUCGUCGUUGCCGUCGAUCCUCCGGCCAGUGCGAAAGCGACUUCGGAUGCGUGCGGCAUCGUCAUUGCCGGCCUCACCGAUGAGGGCGUGGUCGACGUCAUCGCCGAUCACAGCAUUGGCGCGGCGACGCCGCGCCAAUGGGCUGGCCGGGCGGUUGCGGCCUACCACGCCGCAGGCGCCGACAUCAUGGUCGCCGAAGUCAACCAGGGCGGCGACAUGGUCAAGAGCGUGAUCGGCAUGGUCGAUCCGACCGUCAAUGUCAGUCCGGUGCGGGCGACGCGCGCCAAAUGGCUGCGCGCCGAACCGGUGGCCGCGCUCUAUGAACAGGGCCGUGUGCGCCAUGUGGGCGUGUUGGCAGAACUGGAAGACGAGAUGUGCGAUUUCGGGCUGGACGGGCUUUCUUCGGGCCGCUCUCCCGACCGGCUCGACGCGCUGGUCUGGGCGAUCGGCGAACUGGUUUCCGGUGCGCGCGGCCGUCCGCGCGUCCGCGCGAUCGUGUGA